ACGACCUUACGCAGUAACGAGCAGUCUGCUGGUCGCGCCCGCACACAUCGCGCCAAUAUCGCAUUCUACAUUCAAACACGGCGGUAAACACUUUCUUUUUUCACCAAAACACCAACAAACACACCACAGUGCCAUGGCCAGUAAAAUAGAGAGCUUAGAAUCUGGUCGAGGGAUACAAGUGGUGACCCCAGGGCCGGAGCACACCUUCCAACUGGAUGAGGAGGCGCUGACGCAGCUGCUGCUGAAGGAGGACAUCAGGGACCGCAGCGUGGUCGUCAUAUCGGUGGCCGGGGCCUUCAGGAAGGGCAAGUCGUUCCUGCUGGACUUCUUCCUGCGGUACAUGCAUCACAAGUACAACUUGGGAGAGAAAGGCGGGGAAUGGAUCGGUACAGAGACAGACCCACUGACAGGGUUCAGCUGGCGCGGAGGCUCUGAGCGGGACACCACAGGGCUACUGCUGUGGUCGCAGCCCUUCAAAGCCACUCUUGAUAAUGGAGAGAAGGUGGUAAUCUUGCUCAUGGACACACAAGGCACGUUCGACAGUGAGUCCACGGUGCGUGACAACGCCACCGUAUUCGCGCUGUCCACCAUGCUGUCCUCAGUACAGAUAUACAACCUCUCGCAGAACAUCGAGGAGGAUGACUUGCAACAUCUACAGUUGUUCACAGAGUACGGGCGCCUGGCAGCGCAGAGCAGCGAGGGGAAGCCGUUCCAGCGGCUGCAGUUCCUCGUGAGGGACUGGAGCUUCCCCUACGAGUAUCCCUACGGCGCUGUCGGGGGGCAGAAACUGCUGGCCAAGAGAUUGGAGGUGCACGAGGGUCAACACGUGGAGCUGCAGGCGCUGCGGCGGCACAUCGCGUCGUGCUUCGAGGAGCUGGCCUGCUUCCUGAUGCCGCAUCCCGGGCUGCACGUCGCCACCAACCCCGACUUUAAGGGCAGCCUUGCUGAAAUAAGCGCAGAGUUCAAAGAGUCCCUGAAGCAGCUGGUGCCGAUGCUGCUGUCUCCACAGAACCUGGUGCCGAAGCAAAUCGAGGGCCAACAAGUCAAGGCCAAGGACCUGCUCCUCUACUUCAAGGCCUACAUGAACAUCUUCAACGGAACCGAACUGCCUGAGCCUAAGAGUAUUCUGGAAGCCACAGCAGAAGCAAACAACCUCUCAGCAGUGGCGGAGGCGCGUGAAGUGUACGACGUGCUAAUGGAAGAGGUCUGCGGAGGGGCGAAGCCCUACCUGCAGCCGCGGAGGCUGGAGGAGGAGCAUCAGCGCGCGCGCAACAAGGCGCUGCACGCCUUCCACAGCAAGAGGAAGAUGGGCGGUGAAGAGGUCGCGGCUGGGUACCGGGACCAGCUGGUUAAGGAACUAGAAGAAGUAUUCGAGCAGCUCCGCGCACACAACGAGGGCAAAAACCUGUUCCGUAUCGCGGGCACGCCGGCAGUCUUCUUACUGAUGGCGCUGCUGGGGUAUCUGCUGAGCGUGCUGGGCGGCGCGGUGGGGAUACAGACCAUCAUAGCCGUGGGGCAGGCGGUAGCAGUGGCCUCCGUCGUCAUACUGGGCGUGUGGGCUUACAGCAGAAUAACAGGCAAUCUACGAGACCAGGCCGUGCAAAUAGACGAUUAUGCGAAUACUAUAAGAGACUAUUUGAUGCGGCAAGCGUUCGACUCGGUGAGCCACAGAGCGGCGGCGGCGGCCGUCGGCUACAGCGGUGAAGACAAGAAGCGAUCCUAACGCCAUCUCUUGACCACAACUUAUUACUAAUUUAUAGAUACCCACCUGGGCGCCAGGCGAUAUGGACUCGCUAACAAUUCCUUCGAAAAAAGAAAUAAUUGAAAUGCAUUUAUAUUGUUGCAAGAGUGGUGUGGCAUAUGGAAUUCCGUGUACCCUGCCUAUAUCAACAGGAAAUACAAGUGUUAUGUAUGUAUGUAUUGUCAAUGUAUUUAACUUGACCAUAGAGCAACAAUGGCCUACGACUUGAGGAAUAGCCAUCAUAAACAUAAACAGCCUAUAUACAUCCCAUGGUAUAACAAAACCAGCGGGCUAAGCAUCCUAAGCGUGCGACUCUUUCUCGCCUCGACAUACGUCACCCGUCACUCUCUCACAGUAUUGCACAGAAAGAGACAGAUGAUCUCUGUCGCGUCGAGAAAGCUGGAAGUACGGUGCUAAGCCCGCUGGUAAUCCUAUGAAAAGCCGCCAUUUCACUUUCGGAAGUGGGUGACCUGUGAAAAACAGUUUAGGAAAGCGGACCCUGUGAAAAACGGUAGAUGAUGACCUCAAAGCGACUUACCACGCUUAACUGGUGGAAAAUAAAUUUAAAUGUUGAGAAUAAGAGACCAAUAGAGGAAAACUAGAAAUAGGACUUUUAAAACUGUCAAUAAUAGUCUAGUCUUUGUUUUCUAUAAAUAUCUCGCUAUUUUAAUUAAAAAAAUAACUUUAAAGUUUUUGCUAUUAGUUCGCUAGUUUAUUUUACACUAGUAACUAUGUGUCAAAUGGUAAUUAGGGACUUUCCAAUCGGCGUUCCCCAAAAACACGACAGAUGGCGUUGUUGAUUUGUUUCUUCGUUUACUUCUAAUUUCAUAGAUAACAGACAUUAUGCAUAGUGUUGUAAAACCGCUCGAGUCAGCGCCUAAACGCUGGAGUCGACGCUCGAGCAGAUUGCUAAUGCUCAAGUCGGGACUCGACUGAGGCGCUUGACGCUUGAGCAGUGGCUUGAGCGUUUAAGUGAAAAAGUCUAUUCCGAGCGCCGGACUCAGCGCUCGGCUCAAGUUUGGGCGUGAGCGUCUAGAUUGAAUAGUAAUUAAUAAGAGGAAUUGUUAAAAAAGCUAUUAUACAUUAUACGCGAAAUAAAAUGGUUUUAGAUAUAUUUUUUUAUGAUGAAUGAAUUAAAUGAAUGAAAUAUUAAAAUAUUAAUACAACGCUCAGACGCUUGAGCGCGUGACUCGAGCGUAGAAGUCUGAGCCGUCAACGCUCGCAAGCCUUAAACACUCAAGCGGUUUACGCUCGAGUCUAAAACGCUCCAAAGCGUCGACUCAGCGCUAAACGCUCGAUGCUCAGCGCUCAUUUUUACAACACUAAUUAUGCAUCGUUUAGCUUUGUUUUUGGGUGUAAAUGAUGACCGUAUUAAUUACACCAAGGUACAAUUACAACUCCACCCAUUAUUAUUCUGAUCAAAAUAAAGAGAAGCUAUAUAGGUAGGAGCACCAUACAUAAUGUGAUCAAGUAACAAUUAGUUUUUUUUAAAUAAUAUGCUUCUGCUAUUACAUUUUUGAAUAAUUAUGUACCCCAGCAAUGAGAAAAUAGGUUAUAAACGUUAAAAGUGAACAACGCCAUCUAUCGUGUGUUCGGGGAAAGUCUCUAAUUAAAAAAAUAAACCUUUAGAGUAUAUUUUGAAAGGGUUUUACUAUAACAGUGUUACUACAAAACAAAGACUAAAAGAUAAACAAUGUUUAAAAUGUAAUCCGUAUGCGAAAGAAGUCUCGAGAGUCGCGGCGCUACUGUCGCAGAUUUUGCAUAGAAUUAUUAUGACUUGUCAAGUUAGUCUCGUUAAAAUCCGUCGACUUCUUUCGUGGCGCGAAAUAUUAUUUCAAACCUAGUUUAUUUUCAGUUUGUGUUUUGUAGUAACACUGUUAGUACGCUAGUUUAUUUUAGACUAGUAACUAUGUGUCAAAUGUUAAUUCGUGCCGUGAUUAUCUAUGGUGCAUUACUAAAUCUUGAAUGUUGUUAAUAUAUCUUAACUGUUAAGUUUAAAAUAUAUCAUAAUUACUCGCUAAGUUUUCUAAUAAAUUAUAAGACUUAUUAACGUA